AUGGAUGCAAUCGUAGAAUUUCUUGCAAGCCCUAUAUUAAACCACCGCAAAAGUGCUCUGAAUCAACUCCUAAACGAGUCAACCAAAACUAAUGUAGCUUUUUUAGUUCCAAACCCCACAAGAUUCUUUUCGAUCUUAAAAGACAGAUUAUCAGAUGAUGAUCCUUUAAUCACCCAGCAAGUUCUUCAAUUAAUUGAUAUCAUGAUUCCAGUAUUUUUCAUAUAGGAAUUUGGGCCUGAUUUAGAAUCAAAUUUCGCUACUCUUUUUCCUGGAUUGAUUUUGCUGUUCCAUGAUCAACGACCUGGAAUAUCAAAGCUUGCUUUUAAAGUAAUAUGCACUUAUGCGACAACAACCAGGAAUUUAGAAACAACUAUGAGCUAUAUAAUUAGGCAUGGGUUAAGCCAUGAUGAUUGGAAACUAAAAAACCAAACCUUACAGUAUAUUCCUCUACUACUAAGAUUAGAUUUAAGCUACACUGCAAAUAUACCCGAAAUGAAAAAGUUAUUUGAAAAAAUAAUUUCGCUGUUAAAAGACUCAUCGUCAAUUGUUGCAGAAACUUCUGCAGAAAUUUGUAAGGAAUUGAAAAAAAUUAUUUUUGACUUUCCAAAUGUUUUUUCGAAACUUUCGCAUGGGGUUCAGCAAGUUUAUAGAGAAAAAUGUGGAGAAGUUAUAAGUAAUGACCCAGCUAUGCAUAGAUCAUCGAUUUCUCCUAUAAAAUCAAUACUAGAACGUCCAGAGAAACGUACAAGUACAUAUGCGUUUAGUAAUUUUACGAUUUCUUCGAUUACGAAUUCACUUACAAGCGCCAAUAGUUCCAAUUUUUUAAAAGAAAGUACCAAAAAUGGCUUAAUAUAUGGAUUUAUUCCACCUAAUUUAAUUGCUCAGCUCGAAGAUACAGAAAAUUGGAGAGCAAGAGUCAACGCGAUUCAUGAAAUUGAAAAUUUAGUUAGUUCUUUGCAGAACUAUUCAGACGUUUAUCCUUACAUUGCAGUAUUUUUUCGAUUUUUGAAUAAUUUAUUAGAAGACUCAAAUUUUAAGGUGAUGCUUUCCGCUUUAACAAUUAUUUAUUAUAAUCUGUUAAAUAAAUGUUAAUAUAACUCGAAUAAUAUUUUAAAAUUAUCGCAUUAAUUAUUAUAAGUACAUAUAGUCUCAAUUCCAGGAAUUUCACAGCAUGCAAAUACAUCCCAAAUAAUCCCAAGCUGCAUAAAAAAGCUUGGCGACAACAAAAUUGCGAUUCGUCAAGGUGCUUUUAAAGUUUUCAAAGCCUUAACUAAAGAGAUCAAACCCCGUGUGCUGUUUCCUCAGCUGAUUGAUGCGUUAGGCAGUAAUAAUUGGCAUGUGCGCCAUGAAACUUUAAACGUUAUUAUUGCAUCAAUUUUAUUAGCAAAAGAAAACUAUGACUAUGAUUUUUUAUCAAUAAUUCAACCUCUAGCAAAACUUUUAGAUGACCCUAAAACAAAAAUCCGCUUUGUCACAAUGGAAGUUUUUGCGGUUUUAGCCCAAAAAUACGGAAUUGAUGAAAUUGAUAGCCAUUUAGAGCCAAUCGUAGAUAAUAUCGCACUUGAUUCAUUACAUAAGAGAUAUAAACAUAAAGCUUUACCAAUAGUAAGGGAUGACUAUAUAGAAUAUCCAAGAACCGUUCCUAGUUCUGCACCUUUAAUUUCUAGUCCUUACUUGAGGCAUUCAGAAUUUAAGCAAGUUCCUGCAAGCCAACGAAUUUUCGAAAGCGAUAUACACUCACCGUUAAUUCCCAGAGAAAUACCAAGGAUUUCAAAUCAAAGCAUUAAAAGGUUGAGAUCUAGCUCUGAAAUAGAUGAAAGAUUGCCAAAUAUUUCGAAUACUGUCAGCUUUGAUGACUCCUUCCAUGCCAAAAAGAACCCGAGAAAAAUUUUUAAUACAAUGCCUGAAACUCAAAUAAAGCCUGUAAAAUUAAAUUUUCCUGAAAGGCAAAAUUUGAGAGCGAAUUUUGAUGUCUCCCCAAUAAAGCCAUUAAGAGCCCAUAAACGAGAGAAUUCUCAGAGUGAAGAAAUAAAUAGUGCUUCAAGAUCGUCACCUCUUUUACUUAAAACAAGAGGGUUUAUUAUAAAAGAUUUUGGAAAUUCAGAUAUGAGUUAUUCUGCUCAUGAAGACAUUGAGCCCCUCGCAGACCCGGAAAAUGCAUUAAAAGAAUUUUCGAUGUCAACAAGAACCGAUGAUUGAUCUUCACAAUUUGAAGGUUUAACGAAACUUAGAUCAAUAAUAAAAUACAACCCAGAGCUCUUUCUCAGCCAAGUAACGCUUCAUAAUGUAUUUCUAGAAGUUAUAAAGCUAGCAGAAUCGCUAAGAUCCUCUUUGUCAAAAAAUGGGCUAAUUGUAUUAGGAGAAAUGUGUGAAUUUCUUGGCAAAAAUAUGGAUAAUGAACUGCCAGAACUUCUUAAAAUCCUAUUUAAAAAAGCACUUGAUACAAAUUCAUUUUUGUCAGAACAGGCGCAAAAUUCGAUAUUUUUGAUGUGUAAAUUUUCAAAUGAAAAUAAAUUAUCACAAGCUUUAUUAUUAAAGCUACAAACUGCUAAAAAUCCAAUAGAAAGAGCUACGAUUGCUUUAUGCUUUGGAUAUAUUUUUGAAAAAGCCAAAAGCUCAUUGAUCAGAAUGAGAGAUAUUGAUAAAAUAGUCCAAGCUCUUGGGAAUUUAAUUGUAGAUGCAUCUCCAGAUGUAAGAGACUCAGCUAGGCGAGCCUUUACAAGUUUUGAAUUAUCAGUUCCAAGCCAAGUCGAAAGAGAAAAGAUUUUAUCCAGAAGCUUAUCUGAAAAUAUUCAAAAAAAACUUAAAGAGCCUGGAAAAGCUCGAGAUAGGGCUGAGUCACCGUUUACCAAGAGAAAAACUCAAGGCGAAUUUAAAACGAAUUCUGAGCUAGAAGUCAUUACCCCUUCGAUUCCACAAGAAAUUUAUCAAAUUGAAAAUGAAAUUUCAGAGCCUGACACCCCAAUAGAGAUUCUCAGACUCUCAGAAGAAAUAAACCAAAAAGAAUGAAAAUCAAGAUAUGAUGCUAUAGGGAAGAUCCCUGAUCUAUUAGAGUUUAUGACUGCAAAUAUAUAUAAUUUAACGAGUAUUGUGGGAAUCUUAUCUAAAGGAUUGUGUGAUCAGAAUCUAAAGGUUCAAAUACAUUCAUUAAAUGCCCUGAUCAAAAUAAUUCCGAGCUUGAAAAGAAUUUUGGAGCCUCACUUAGAAAUAAUUAUGCAGUCGUUGAUUGCAGCACUUGGGUCUGCGAAUAGCUCUAUUAGAGAAAUUGCAAAGGAUGCCGUGAACUUGAUUUUUAAGAAUUGUGAGCACUAUGCUAUAAUUCUGCCUUUAGCUAAUCAGAUUUCUAGCGGGAAUCCGAGGGCAAAAGUGGCAAUGAUAAAUUUCAUUAUUGAAGCAAUACCGAGUACACAUAAAAUAAGACCAGAAAUAUUAAUUAAAUAUAUAGCGCCGCUAGGAUUGAAACUAAUGGAUGAUCCUAAAGAAGACGUAAAGGUUGAAAACAAAAAACUAAUCAAAAAACUGUAUGAAGUGAUAGGUAAUGAGAUUUUUGAAGGAAGCGAAGGCAAUUUUUCUCAAAGAGUGAUGGAAAUAUUAAACGAGCAAGACCCUUAA